UGCACUGUUCUCCAACAUGUUGUCUGAGUGUUGACUCUUUGUAUUUACUCUGACCGGAGACCUGCAGCGAAGAUGUGCGUGAGUCGUCGACUUAAGUGAAGCUGCACAAAAGGGACCAAGAUGAUUUUGGAGAAGCUAGCGGUCUGUCUCAAAACUCUGGGCACUCUUUGCUCUGUGAUCGUGUUUACGUUCCUCCUGAGGAUCCUGCGCUUCAUCUCACCAAACCUCACCAGAAACAUCAUGCUCAAACUGGGCGAGAGGGUCACGAUCACCCACGACCCGAACUUCAAGUAUGAAGACUGGGGUCCCACGUUCGGCUCAACCGCCUUCGUCAAAACCACGUUAGAGCACAUAUGGCUCUCCCUCGGCCAGGAGGCCUUUGUGGGUGGAGAGGCCCCCGACUCACCUGUGGUCACCUCAGAGGGAGAGAAAUCGUCAAUCUUUAAGUAUCUAAAUGAAACCCGACCACUGGUGUUGAGUUUUGGAAGUUGCACCUGACCCCCAUUUCUGUUCAAGCUUGAUGAGUUUAAAGCACUCAUCAAGGACUUUGGUGGUGUUGCGGACUUUCUUGUGGUCUACAUCGCUGAGGCUCAUUCAACAGAUGGCUGGGCAUUUGCCAACAAUAUUGACAUCAAUCAGCACCAAAAUCUUGAGGAGAGGCUGUCGGCAGCCCAGAUCCUGGUUGAAAAGGAUCCCGGUUGUCCGGUGGUGGUGGAUGAGAUGACCAAUGACGCUGCCAUAAAGUACGGCGCUUUGCCCGAAAGGCUUUACGUGCUGCAGGCUGGAAAGGUUAUCUAUAAGGGGAGUAUGGGACCUUGGGGCUAUAGUCCCUUGGAGGUGCGGCUAUUACUUGAGAAGAUGAAAUAGGAGGUUAGCGUUUGUCUGCGUUAGUCAUCUUAUUCUGCGAGACCCCGGCCCUCCAGAGACCUCUGACUUUGGACAUGCUUUAUGUUUGUUAGUGACGGCUACAGAAUAAACCAUUGGCCUCUGCAGCCAGAUGAAGAAAAACAUGUAAUGAGUGUCCGAUCGGGGUUUUCUGUUUUGGGUAAAACAAGGAAGUCUCACAGGAUGUGUGGGAACAUUGGGGGUGGUGGGGGUUAUAUGCGCCUCUUUUUGGAGCCUUUCUGUGUAUUGUGUGUGUUUGUCAUCUGUGCAGUCUGUUCAUUUUCAACUGAGGCAUCUAAAGCAAUGAUUUUUUUUACAGUUUACAAAGCUUUGACAGUUAAAGCAUUAUAGCCAUUUUAACUAAGUGAUCUGAAAUAAUGACUGAGAAAACGAAACUGGUGGGUAGGCUACGUUUUGACUUUGACACAGUCUGAACAUAAACUUACAUGGGGUAAACUCAAAAUGUAGGCAUUGGAGGUCCUUUCCACUAGGACAUGAAGAGUUCUGCCGGUGGGGCAAAGAGGUGCUAAUAAUGAAUUGAUGGAGGAGGAGGAACUUUUGGUUGGCAGGUUUAAACUAGGGAUGCACCAAUAUCCCUUUAUGAUUUCCGAUACCAAUUCUUGGUAUGAAUCUUUUAAGAUCUUUUUUUGGCAUUUUCCGCCUUUUUUUAUUUGAUAGCAACAGUAGAGAGACAGGAAAGGCAGGGGACAACAUGCAGCAAAGGGCCCAGGCCGGAUUCGAACCCAGGCCGCUGCAGCAAGGACUCAGCCCAACGUGGUACACACCCUACCAGGUGAGCCACCGGGGCGCCCCGGUAUGAACCUUUAAGUGUCAACCAAUCCCGAGUUUUGAGCCGAUCCAUUACUUGUAAUUGACAGUACAGCGUUAGACCAUUAGUCAAACUGAGGCUAAAUGACUGAGAUAGAAUCAGUUUUUCCUCCAUUAAAGUAAUACAGGCUUCCAUGUGCUUAAAAACAGAGUAAAUUGAGCAAUUUUGUUUUAUUCAUGACGAGUUACGCUCAGAUUUUUGUAUCAGAUUUUAGUCUUGGGCAAAAUCUCUGAUAUCAUUACUCCAUUUUAGCCUAGAGUCAGCGCCAAUAACCGAUACCAGUUAUUGGUGCAUUUCUUAUUUAAACAGACGGACAGAUGAGCAGACAUCAUCGGCUGACUGACAGGUCAUUUGCCAUGGUGGAGUGAUUGUUUAAUGGAGAACAGGUGACCACAGGUAAAGGAAGGUCUAGAAAAGACAUGCAUGGUAGGGGUAAUACUCCUGCCUGUGCCGCUGACCAAGGCAAUGGAAAGAAGAACUGGAGUUGGUCACCGGGUGCUGCGCCACCGCUGCCCACUGCUCCUAUACAAUAGGAUGGGUUAAAUGCAGAAAACUAAUUUCACUGUAACUGAACAACUGACAAAAUAAAGUGGCUUUCUUUUCUUCUCUCUGUGAUUAUAUUUACACUGAGAGCUGCAUUUAUUUUCAACCUUUAGACUCUGUCGAAGCCAACAUAGUCUUUUUGUCACCCAUGUUAAUGCCUGCAGUCUCUGUAAAUGUUCCAAGAUCAUUUUUACAUAAGGCCACUUUGUUAUGAUGCAUAGAGUUCAAACCUCUGGUAGCUGUGUUUUGAUUUUCAACUGAAAGUAGAACCAUGUCUGAAUUAUGUAGACUUUACAGAGCAUGUUUAAUCUGUUUAGAUAUGUAUUUAUAUAUUCAUGUAUAAUAUAUAUCCACUAUCUUUUGUGUUGUAAUAUUCCAACAUCAAAACUAAGUCCCUUUUAACAAAGAUGAUAGCUG